AUGCUUGACAUAUUCAAAGGCAUCACUCUUCAUGCUAAUUUGUAUAAAGAUGUAUUCAACAAUGUUCUCAAGUAUUCCUCGCAGGAAUCUAUCUCACCAUUCAUCCUCAAAAUGAAAUUUCCAUUUUCUCUUCCCAUUCAGUUACACAACAAUUUUUUUUCUUGCUAUUUUCUCUCACCUUCUGAAUAUAAGAAGCACUUGAUUACUCUCUGUUCUCUCAUUAACGAUUAUUUCCUUUCAUAUUUUUUUUUUGCUUCCAUUACAGGAUCUGUCAAUUCUCACACACCAAAUGGCAAUGCAAGUAGCCAACAAACAAGUGGUCAAACAUUGACUAAUCAAGUUUCCUCAUUACCUCAGCUGCUGACCAAUGCUCAAGGCCAGAUAUUGGCAGUGGGACCACAGCAAGUUCUGACCCCUGUUUCGGUACCUCACGUGAAUUCAACAACAUCCAACACAUCAAAUCAGCACCAAAACAAUUCUUCGGCUGCCAGCAAUCAUUCAACUGGUGGUCAUCUUGGUCAACAGGGUCAUUCCCAUGGCGGGAGCAGUGGCAAUGUCAGCAGCGGAACAGGUGCGGCUAGCAACAACAGUGGAAGCAACAGCGGUAACAGCAGUGGAGGUGCAGCAGUAGGUGGCAGCAGCAGCAGUAGUAACCCCAACAGUGGAGCCUCCAUAGGGUCCUCGGGGAGCAGCAGUGGAGGAGGAGGAGGAGGCGGAGGAGGAGGCGGUGGCAGCAAUGGCACUAGUAGCAGUGGCGGCACUCACCAACAAAUCAACCAGAACAGCAUUCAUUCCAGCGUUGUUACUGGCGGUUCGGGAAGCGUGGUUGGUGCCUCGCAGCAACAGCCCCAUAGUGUUGCCACGACGACAGUUUCUCAACAACCGACAGCCACACGCAUCACAGUGGCGGCACAGUCCAUCACCUCUCACACAACUACCUCAGAAGGAUUGCCACCAAAUGUCAGUCAACUACUGCCCAAUACUGUGAGCAAUUCUACAGAAAGCACGACUGUUGAUGGCAUAAAUUUAGAUGAAAUCAAAGAAUUUGCAAAACAGUUCAAAAUUCGACGGUUAUCUCUUGGUCUGACACAGACUCAAGUUGGCCAAGCAUUAAGUGCUACUGAAGGACCGGCCUAUAGCCAAUCAGCCAUAUGCAGGUUUGAAAAGCUGGACAUCACCCCCAAAAGUGCACAGAAAAUUAAACCAGUAUUAGAACGGUGGAUGGCUGAGGCCGAAGAACGUUAUAAAAAUGGGGUACAGAACCUCACUGAUUUCAUUGGUAGUGAGCCAUCUAAGAAAAGAAAACGACGGACAUCUUUUACACCACAAGCAUUAGAAAUCUUAAAUCAACACUUUGAAAAAAAUACACAUCCCUCAGGUGCUGAGCUGACAGAACUUUCUGAAAAUCUAAGCUAUGACAGAGAAGUGGUCAGAGUUUGGUUCUGCAACAAGAGACAGGCACUUAAAAACACUAUCAAGCUAAUUAGGAUAUUUUGA